GGAAUUGUCUCCACACUUGACCUCCGUCAUCUUUUAUCUUCCGUGACACUUCGGAGGCCAAGACUCCCUCCUCUCCACUCCUCCGCCGCCGGGCCCACCCGGCAAUUCCAUUCGAUCCCAGUCCGGGCCCGUAUCUCUCAAUCGCCGAGGCGCAUCGGAAGACUAACAUUACGAAGAAGCUUCAGCUGAACCCCCCGUUCUGGAUCGGUAAUCAUCGUUAGGCAUAGCCCCAUAGUCCAUCCCACCACCAGUCCACCACUGGGACGACUCCCCCUUUCAUUGCGGCAUCCUGCCUUAUCCCCCGGCUUCCCGAAAACAAGUUCCGAGCAUGGAUACGAUAGAGGCUCGACCCCAACCGGCCUCGGCCCCACGGGCUCCCCGCAUCACCAACGCCUGUGAGGCAUGUAGGGCCGCUAAGGUCAAAUGCCAGGCAAGCACCCAGUUGGGAAUCUGCAAGAGAUGUCUUGAUUCCAAACGGGAGUGUAUUUUCAAGACUGGCCCACGAACCCGACGGCCAAGACAGCCAAAAAGGUAACAUCCUUUUUUUUUGCUUUACUUGGUCAUCCAUCUUAUUCCUUGGCCUCGUUUGUCUCGUUUAUCUCCCCUCCCCCCUUAACCCCCAAAUAAUAAAUAACCCCCUCCUCACAACCAAAAAGACCCAACCCCAAAAC